AUGAUAACACAGCCCAUCGAUACCAUCAUGACCCUCACUGCUCUCACCUACCUGAACAUGACUGAUAAUUUCAUCAGUGCACCACUGUCGCCAGGCAUAGCCAACCUGCAAGCACUCCAGUACCUGGACUUUUCUAUCAACGGCCUGGAACAGGUGCAAGCCCUCUCCGCCCUCACCAACCUCAAAUUCCUGAGAUUGGAAGGAUCCUGGAUCGACCCUGCACCUCUAACCAUUUUCACCCCAUUGAUCGCAUUAGAGUACCUGAACCUGUUCAACAACUCGUUUGAAGGCUCUCUUGCCACCCUCUCGACACUCACUCGCCUCCAACACCUGGACUUGGCAGUCAAUAACAUAGGACCACGCAUACCAUCCACUCUAUCGCGCCUCUCCCUGCUCUCUUACCUCGAUCUUGCCUACAAUCGUCUGAGUGGCUCUAUCGACCCCCUCACGGCACUCACUGCCCUGCAAGACCUGACACUAUACAACAGCGCUGUAUCAGGCUCUUUUCCCGAGUCUAUCUCACGCCUGUCUCGCCUAACUUUUCUUCAGAUUGGCAACACCAGCUUUACAGGCUCGCUUCCCGCAUCCCUGGGCCAGAUCACGGGUCUCAUGAACUUGUGA